AUGAAACGUUGUAGUUGUCUGGGUGAUGCUAAAGCUCUGGCAUGCCGAGGAACGUUCACUCGACUGCUGGCACUCGCUGCUAUUAAGCGACGGCGCAUGGCGUGCUGCCACGCUUGUGACUUUGAGCGGCACAUUGGAGCCAUGUUGCCAUCUAUUCAGGGCUCGUUUGAGGGCUGUCAGAAGGCGUUUUCCCGCCUGGAGAACCUGAAAAUCCAUCUGAGGAGCCACACGGGCGAGAAACCCUACGUGUGUCAACACCCCGGGUGUCAGAAAGCCUUCAGCAACUCCAGCGAUAGAGCCAAACACCAGCGAACACACAUCGACAUGAAACCCUACGCAUGUCAGAUCCAGGGCUGCGCCAAACGCUACACGGACCCCAGCUCUCUGCGCAAACACGUCAAAUCGCACUCCUUAAAGGAGCAACAAGCCCGGAAGAAGUUGAGACGCAGCACAGAUCUCAGUCAGGACGGACUCACCGAGUGUUUGACAGUUCAGCCGCUGCAGCACAGCCUCGUGCCACUGGACCUGAUUGAGACCAAGCACCAGUCGCCCAUUGAUGAUCUCUACACUGUCUUCACACUAAACCAGAGUGCGAUGCAGAUCCCAGCCGGUCCACAGACCCUUCAGACACACAUGCAGCUGCCGUCCUUACAGGGAAACAACAGGCUCAGGGUUCCUGUAUCACAUCAGGUGUCCCCGGGCCCUUCAGCGCUCCUGUCAUCUCACCACUCACUGGACACUCACAAACUACCCAGAUACCCCAGCCAUCCCAGGACAUCCCACCCUGACAGUUUCUCUGCUGAUGCCCAGACCGUGUUCUCAUACGGUGACCCACCGCAGGCUGCCGAACACAUUGCUCCCUGUUCCAUGAUGCAGAUGCCCAUGUUUGAGGACAAUCUGGGCUCCUCAGACCUGCUGCACACAACUCUAUCAGGCACCGCUGCAGUGUUCGACUGCCAAACCGGACCGGAAGAGUUUCUGGGAGAGCAGGGGCCUUCGGAGGACAAUUACCUUCACAUCCGUAGCGUGGAGAGAAGCCCGAGCCGGAUCUCAUGUGUCUUUACUGAAGGGUGAACACAUAUUUCCCAACAGUGGAUCUCAUCAACCUGAGCAGCUUUUGUCAACUCACUCGGGUUGUUUAAAUCAUUGAGGUAGUUUUUUUGGAAGGGCUUUCCUCGUGGACUCCUAAUGGAUUUUUUAUACACUGUAUAAGCACAGAUGCCCUGAAGUAUUUGGACGUUUAAGCCACAUUAAGCCUUCGUUGGAUAAAAUAUUGAAGCAAGUGUUUGUAUCUGUGCACCUCAAACGCUGACGGAUCUUUUUUUUUUUUACUCAGUGACUGUUUGUCAACCUCAAGUUGACCACAAAACUUUAUUCCAAACCAGACAAACUUAAUUUUGCCAAAUGUUUAGCUUAUAGGAGUCGUUCACCCAAAAAUG